AUGCUAAAUGAUGUUCAAGUCGGAGAGACGUUCCGCGUGAGCUCGCACUAUGAUACAGUAACAAUCGAUGGAUUUGUCGAUCCUGCCGGCAACGACAGAUUCUGUCUGGGGCAGCUCUCCAACGUCCACAGAAAAGACAAAUCAGAAGAUGUCCGAAUGCACAUCGGAAAAGGCAUGAAGCUCAAAAUCGUCAACGGCUCAGAUGUUUGGCUCACCAACGAGAGCGAAAAUGCGAUUUUUGUCUACAGCUCUUUCUUGGACUACAUGGAACAGAAGAAACCUGGACAGCUCGUUCAUAAAAUUCAUCCCGAAUGCCAGAUUAAAGUCUUCAGUCUGGAUCACUGUGACAGAGAGAUGGAAACUCAAGUGAAGGCUACGCAACAAACAAGCAUGGAAACGUUUCGAUCGAUAAAUGACGGCACUGGGCGAAACAACGGUAUGCCUCCUUCAUACACAAGCGUUGGUGUCGAUGACCUAAGACGACUUUGUAUGCUUCGAGCUUCCUUCGUCAAGGGCUGGGGCCCUGAGUACAACAGGAGAACGAUCAAAGAAUGUCCUUGCUACGGUUACAUAAUGCUGCUCUAUCUCUAA